CUACUCUAUUAACUAACCACCAGCCACCAUACACGAUGGUCCACACUCAAACCUCGAUUUCAAUCUCUCUCUCUCUACUUCUCUCCGGCGACGUCUCCGUUUCAUCCCGGCGAUUCGGCCAAACAUUCUCCGGCCGUCAGAUCAGAUCCUCAUUUUUGGCUUAGAGGAUUGAUUCUAUUUUCUAUGUAAAAAUUUGCUGCUGGAAGAAUAUAUCAACAUGAUGUGGAUGUCUUCUCAUGUCAAUUAUGGCAUGAAGUGUGUUCUCUUGGUGGUAUUCUAUCGCGUUAUACUCUAAUCUCACUUUUCUCUAAGUGUUUGCUCUGAUCCUUUUCUACAAUCUCUUCUCCAAAUUGGCUAGUGGAGUGAUAAUGUAUGUUGCAGUUACGCUAAAGAGAUAUUGCACAGUAGAAAUGAGUGUUGGAAACAUUGCUUAUUAUGAACUGAUGCAACUUUGCCAGGCUGAAUAUUUCCGCCAGUUACUUAAACCUGUGACGUAGUUUACUCCAAUCUAAAACCAGGAAUAUUGCUAACUUGACCUCUGGCUGUGAUCAUAGUCACGAGGACAUCAUCCAACUGUGAGAUUUCUUAACCUCCUAACAAAAACAAGCUCCUGCACUUUCAUGAGUAUUCAUUCAGGAAGCAUUUUUCCGUCUCUUUAGAUAGAUUGAUUCCCUUUAGUUGAGAAUAGGAUUUUGAGCAAGAAUCUGAUUCUCCCUUUGAACAACAAGAGUAUUUGAUUCAUGGCUAUAGAACAACAGCAAACCGUUACUCCAAAUCCUAAGCAUCUUAUGGACAAUCAAAUGGCUUGUAGCUUCAUCCAUAAUAAUAAUGCUUCAAAUGAUGCCAACCUUAUGCCCACAUAUAUAAACCUCGCAAUGCCCACUCACCCUGUUGAAUUUCAAACCUCCGAGGCUUGUCCAAAGAAUUUCAUUAUAUUCGACCAGAAUUUUAAUGGAAGCCAGGUUACUUUCCACCCAACAAUUGCACCUAAAUUCUGCUAUCCUGGUUUAGAUGAGAAGUGUCAGAUAAGAGAAGCAGUUUGUAUUCAAAGUGAAAGUGAAAGUGAAAGAGAAAGAAAAAGAAAAAGAGAGGUUUCUUGUAUAAAAGAAGACUCUGACGAUAUCGAUGCGCUGUUGAUGAGCUCAGAAGAGAUAGUAGGAUCUGACGAAGACGAGGUCAGCACAGGUAGAACAGUUGGGAAUUACGGAGGUGAAUCUCCUGAUUCUGAUUCUCGAUCAACUUGCAGCAGCUCGAGACGAAGAAAUGGCAACUCUUCCAGGCGUAAAAAGACUAGGAAUAUGGUGAAGAUGCUUAAGAGAAUUGUACCCGGUGGAGAUCGAAUGAGUACGGCUGAUGUUCUUGAUGGAGCUGUUAAGUAUCUUAAAUCUCUGAAGGGGGAAGCAAUGAAGCUUGGAAAUGGAAACAAGGCAGUAUAAUUAUAAUUACAUGUGGUUAGAAAAUGAAGUUUUGGUUGCAGCAGAGAGAUGGUCUUGUGGAUGUGGUAAAUGGAAAUGACAUAGGUAUUGAAAUAUUAUGGCAUUAUUUUGGUUAUUGUUGAAUGUGUUUAAUAGUAUAUGGCUUUUAAUUAUUGCCAAGCAAUGGGUUGUUAUUAUGAUGCUUUAUUAAAUAAUAAGAAUUUCUAGACCUCUA